AUGAUCAUAGUCAAUUAUCUAAUUAAACAUUUCGGCUCGAAAGGCUCCUCCAUCAAGCAAUAUCUCGCACGGGAUAGAAGUCGACCUAAGAAAGCGAAACCGCAAGCUCAAAUCGUCUUUGUCAUUGAUUGGCGUCAUCGUUUGCCGAUUAUGGGACUCUGUCGUGUAAACCGUCUUUUGUACGCAACAACAACGCUGACGUUCCUUAGUUCAAACUCUACUGUGACCUCUAGUCUAUUCCGCAUCUCGCUCAAAAAUCACGAUCAAACGCACUUUUCUGGUUUGAUUGGUGUCGGGUCACCACCGCAACGUUUUCAGGUCAUUUUUGAUACUGGGUCAAGUGACAUUUGGUUUCCGGAAAUUAAUUGUACAAACUGUGCCGGUUCUCGGCGCUAUCACGCUGCUGCUUCGCGUUCACAUGUGGCAAUGAAUCAAUCAUUUCAUCUUGAAUAUGGCAGUGGCAAUGCGUCGGGUUGUAUUGUGCGUGAUGAUAUCUCAAUGUUUAGUGAUAAUCAAAAUCUGACAUUGUCAAAUCUACGACUGGGCAGCACUAGCAAAAUUACCAAACGAUUGCAGCACAUUCAAGCUGACGGUAUUGUAGGACUUGGAUUUGGAGCUCUGGCACUGAUCACAAAGCCUACUUUAAUCCAGAAUGACCCACGGUUUCGACGCUUUUCUAUCUACAUUAAUCCUCGACCAAAUGUGUUACCGUCAUCGCAAUUGAUCUUUGGUGGUGUCGAUGAUUUGCUACCAAUAGCGCACAUUUCAGACAAGAACGGAACGUUUGUCAACUGGCAUCAUUUUCCACUCGUAGGGCACCCCUUUAAUCAACUUAGACUCGGUUUUUGGGCAAUUCGAUUGGAUCGGAUUGUCGUUAGUUCUCCGCUCGAAUUAAGCUUGAAACCAGCGCAAAGCGAUCGAGAUGGCGUCGUUGUAGUCACAGCAGCUAUAGCAAUUGUUGACUCUGGUACGUCACAAUUAUUGCUUCCACGAACAGCAUUUGCAGCAACAAUAACGAAAAUUCAACAGCAUCUUCGUUUGGAAUACGAUCGUGAAUUGCGUAUGAAUUUACAAACAACAAGCGGAUAUACUUGCGAAGACUGCAAGGCAGAAAUGUUUCCAACGAUCCAAUUUACUUUUGUGCGUGAGAUGACAAGAGCUGCUUUGAAGCAUAAGAAGACACAAACGUUGAUGCUUCAGGGUACGGACUACGUGCGAUGCGAUGAUUUUAUUUGCGCUCCUCAGCUAAACGUUCAUACUUUUUCCACGUUAAAAAAGAACAAGAGGAAGAUGACGGACGCCAAUGGCUCCCUAGUGACAAUUACAGCUCAGCAGGACGAAAUUGUGGUGCUCGGCUUGAUUUUUAUGCGUGCGUAUUACGUUCAGUUUGACUCGGAGCGCAAAACAGUGGGAUUCGCUUGCAUUGAUUCAGCACCUUUUAGCUUAGAGCAUGGGGUAAACUUUUGUGCUGGAGGCUGGACGCCAAAGCUACAUUUUCGCUCUACACGUUUUAUGAACGCCAAGUCCUUUAAGUGGCAAACAGUCUUUUGGUUACGAGUUCUUACGGCAAUUGUCGUGUUGUUACUAGCGAUGAUAUUCAUGUUGCUAUGGCUUAUUGUUGAGCCAUCGUCCGAUCUCGAAAAGGUGCUUAUUUGGUUGUCUAGAUUAGCGUCAGCUUGUCAAAACACGUCGCAAAAGCUCGAGACUGAGAACGAUUUUCUACUCACUAAAGCUUUAGAUGAACCUGACUUGGAGCCCGAGACGCUUUACGCUGCAGCACUUGUGAAUGUGUCCGGACAGGAGAAUGUAUAG